AUGGCCUUGCUCAAGGAUGGGAACUGGAGGUGGUGGUCAAAGGAUUUGUUAUCCGAUUAUCCAGUAUUUUGCAACUACCUAGUUCGGAAUCCACUGCAGAACAUUCAACUUAGCGGUCGUUUGGGGGUUCAAUUGCAGGACUUCUACUUGGGAAAGGUCCGGGAUGAGAACUACAUGAAAACUCGUUGGCGGGAGUUGGCCAAAAGAAAAUGUUUACCUGAGAAGAAACUUGAGCAGCGUUUGAAGAGUCAGCAGGCACCAUGUGAUUUCAGUUUCAUCAACUUGGACACCUCGUUCAACAAGGAAGAUGACAGCAAAGCGGUCACUGUGGAAAUGGUGGUUGAGGAUGACCACAACUACGAGUUUUUCUUGGAGUGGCUACCCCUCUUUGCAGCGGAUUUACCGUGGCAUUCAGAGAUGAAGGCUAUACAAUAUCGGGCCACACUCAUGGAGAUUCACUCGGCGGAGACACCUCUGUGCCGACCCAAGAUGAAGUCGGAUUUGGAGGAUCUGAAGUUCAUUGUCCGCGAAUUGCGUGGCCAUCUGUGGAACAAAGGAAAAACGAAAAGCAGUGACGAGGUCAAAAGUCCACAGAGCCAAGAUGGGCUUGCAGGGUUUUCUGUUAGCAAAGAAGAGCUAGAAGAAGAGGCUGAGGCAAAACAAUGUGAAAAGCCCAGAAACCCAGAGCCCCGUGAAAGUGAGAAGCUGAACCCAUCUGCAGUUGAAGAGCCGGAGCAAAAACACCCGGAACACAACAAAACUCCAGAGAUUUGCCCACCGACGUCAAAACCAGAGAUGCCCUUUGGAGAUGAGAAGCCGCAGGCAGAACAGUCUCAAAAACACAGUGGUGAGCCCAGCGCACAUGAGCAGUCAAAACAAGACCCUGAAGAAACAUACACCAAAGCACCGGAGCCCAGUGCAAAUAGGGAAGUACAGCCAGAGGAAAAGCGUCAAGAAAACACCAAAGCACUGGAACCCUGUGUAGAUGAGAAACCGCAGCCAGCAGAGCUUGAAGCACAACAUGACAAGCCUGGAGAAGCACAUGGUGAAAACCCCGCAACACCAAAACAUAGUAAAGACAUCGUUGAGAUUCAGGAUGAUAGCCAACAGCAAGAGGUGUUUCAAGACAGCCAAACCCCACCUGAGUGGAAAGAGGAUGCGGCAUUCGCCAAGUCAAUGGAUGAAAUAAAAGAGACUGCAGAUCCCAAACCAGAUUCCAGCGCCACAGCAGAAGAUGCCCAGCCCGUGACUCCUUGCAAACACUUGUUGAGUGAACUUGAAAGGGAGGAGGAGAGAGAGGAUUUGAAGUCAGAUGAGGAAGAUUUGGCAAAGCGCCAAGCUUUCAAGGACCGGGAGCCCCUCUUCGAUUUGAAGAACCUUCCAGAUCUUACAGAACAACAUUUCGAGGAGAUUCCCGAGUUGAAAGGAAGGGGGAAAGGUCGUGGCAGAGGCCGGGGAAAGAAGGUCGAAGAAGAAGGCAUUGAGGAAAAAGAACCAGGAAAGUGUACUGACGAAGCUGCUACUUCUGUGGCGGAAGCUGGCUUGCAGAAACUGCGCACGUCAUGGCUCGAGGAGGAUAUCUCCUCGGACUCCGAUGAAGAGGUCCCUCGCCCGAAGAGCAAGGCCAAGCAAAGGAAGAGUGCAAGCAAAAGUGCCAAGGCUGGAGAGGCACCUCCAAAGCGCAGAAGGGCUCAGCGUGCAGAUCCAAAGGUCCCCAAGCGAAAGCGUGGGAAGACCCCGGAUGGAGAGGAACGCAAAGCUGAUCAGCUCCUUCUGGUUCGUCAAGCUGCUGCCGGUUCUUUCCCAGAACUCAUGCCCCCGGACGACAUUGAUAACCGGGUGACUUGGGUUGUCAGCGCUCCUGAGAUCAUUCGCAAGAAGCUGAAGAAGGAGGACUCUCUGUGCAAAUUGGGGGUGAUCUUGCGUGGCCAAGUUUAUGUCUAUCGGGCUGAUGCUUCCCGUGUGGACGCUGUGAACGUCGAUGGAAAUGGUGGGGUGACACUGUCCUGGUCUAAGUUCGGGCUGACCUGUGCUUGGAAAUGGGCACGUAUUCUGGCAGGCUCCAUGCCCUUGACUUUGUUGCCCAGAAUGCUGGGCCCGAAGAAUCCAGCCGAGACUGGAUUCCUGACCUUGCUAUUGAUGGUGCUGCAAAUGGCCCCUGAUGCGCUGGGCGUCAUUGGGAUUGUCGUAGCCGGUCUCGAACUGAUCGCACACCACGAGGGUUUGGAUGGGAUCGUGGGGCGCACCUUCCCCGAAGUUGUCGAUGGGGAUUUCGUCGAUGCCAGUGGCCCCGCCCUUCGCAAGACGCAAAUUUAUCCCUCUGGAUUUGCUUCGAAGCUCUAUGAUUUAAUCUCCAAGGUGAAGGCCUUCAUUGCCAGACGUGGCUUAGAGCAUAAAGCUUCCGUGAACCGUGCGCUGCUUCCAGCAUACAAAACCAAAGUGCAGAAGGUCAUCAGCAAGAUGAGGAAAACACUGUGGCAGCGCGGCCGCCUUGACGAGCUGAUGGACACGCUGGCUCGAAGCACUUACCCCUUGGCAAUCUGGUGGACCAGGGACCCCAGAGUCAUGUCUGAUCGAGCCAAAGCGGCACUUCAAGCUGCAGCACAACGCAAAGCUGCAGUUCUGGCCCAAGAGCCAAAGCCUGAGCGGGCAGUGGACGCAUGUGGACGCCAUCCCCUGUCACAAAAGGAAGACCAGAUUGAGAAGGUGGAUUCAAAGACUCCACAGACCCAGGUGGAUAGCCCGUCGCCAUCAGCAUCUUUGGAGUACCGAGGACAAGACUCUUUGGAAACCAUUCCAGCCACGCCCAGUUCGUUUGAAAAGGCCUUGGAGGAGACACGGCUAAUCUUGGACAAGGAGUCUGAGGAGAAGUCACGGUUGCCGUUGGCAACCCCGGUCCGAAGUGAUGUUGCCCCACAACGUGUUGAAGAGUACUAUUCACCAGACACAAAUGUUUCGGGUGAUUGGAAGAGCCACAGCUGGUAUCAUCAGUGGGACUCACAGUGGGACUACUACAAGUGGGGUUGGCCAUCCUGGGCGUCUUGGCAACCAAAUUGGGAUGAGGGUAGUGUGAGUACACCAAGUGAAAAUUUCCGUCGGUGCCCAUCCGUCACUUCCUUGGGUACCAGUGACAUAGAACAAAGUAUCCUUGGGAGAUCUACCACCCUGGAGCAGCUUGAUGCAGCUUCCAAAUCUACACUCAUGACCGCUUUGGGAGCACUUGCAGAAGGCCCAGAGAAACAGAAAUUGCUUGACCACUUCAGUGAAAACACCCAAAAAGAUCGAGGAGAGACCAUGUCCCCGCAAGCACCACCGCCAUCAGCACCAGCUGAAGCACUUCAAGGCAAGAGGCAACAGUCCACAGCACCCGAGCCAGAAGCAACAGCAGAAAGCAAGGCUGCAGCAAUCGAGAAGCCCACAGCACCCAAGCCAGAAGAAACAGCAGAAAGCAAAGCUGCAGCAAUCGAGAAGCCCACAGCACCCAAGCCAGAAGAAACAGCAGAAAGCAAGGCUGCAGCAACUGUGAAGCCCACAACACCCGAGCCACAAGCAACAGCAGAAAGCAAAGCUACAGCAAUCGAGAAGCCCACAGCACCCAAGCCAGAAGAAACAGCAGAAAGCAAGGCUGCAGCAACUGAGAAGCCCACAGCACCCGAGUCAGAAGCAACAGCAGAAAGCAAGGCUGCAGCAACUGCGAAGCCCACAGCACCUGAGACAGAAGCAACAGCAGAAAGCAAGGCUGCAGCAAUUGAGAAGCCCACAGCACCCGAGCCAGAAGCAACAGCAGAAAGGGUAGCUGCAGCAACUGAGAAGCCCACAGCACCCGAGCCAGAAGCAACAGCAGAAAGCAAAGCUGCAGCAACUGAGAAGUCCACAGCACCGGAGCCACAAGUAACAUCAGAAAGCAAGGCUGCAGCAACUGAGAAGCCCACAGCACCCGAGCGGGAAGCAACAGCAGAAAGCAAAGCUGCAGCAACUGAGAAGUCCACAGCACCGGAGCCACAAGUAACAUCAGAAAGCAAGGCUGCAGCAACUGAGAAGCCCACAGCACCCGAGCCAGAAGCAACAGCAGAAAGCAAAGCUGCAGCAACUCAGAAGCCCACAGCACCGGAGCUAGAGGCCGAGAAGUCCACUGCGCCAAAGCCAGCAGAGACAGUAGCAGCCCCACCUUCGAUUUCAGCCACAGCAGCAGAGAAAGUGGCUGAAGCAAAGGCAGUAGAAGUAACAGUAACAGAGCAGAAGCGCAAAGCCGAGGAAGCAAAUCUAGUUGUUGCAGAACAACCUGCGAAGGUUCCCAAGGUUCCUGGCUCUGACGACGGAGGAAAGGAUUUGAUGUCCAUGCUGUACGAGGAUUGGUUGGAUGCCAGCGAGAACUGGAGGAACGCCAAGAUCUUCCUUCAAGUAACUAGCAAAGAGAAGAACAAGAAACUGGGAGUCCGAGAGUGGUUGACUCGGCAGGAGAUCGAAGCCAAAUAUGGCAUUGAUGGCGCAGAGGCCAUCAUCCGCAGAAAACUUGGUGAAGAAGAAUUGAAAAGAAACGAAGUGAGGAUGCACCCGGACGCUCCCGAGUGCGAGGCUUUGAUGCAGUUCUUGAUUCUCAACAUGGAUAAGGAAGUUGACAGUUCGGAGACUUGCGUCAGCCGCCUCUACCAAGCCGCAGAGGCCACCAGUGACAGCUCAGACUCAGAGGAAUUAAGCUCAGGACAAUCUCGGGACAGCAGCAGUGACAGCUCUGAUCCCAAGCCGAAGAAGAACCCCCUGAAGUCCAAAAAGAACCAGAAGGACAGCAAGAAGAAGGGAAAGAGCGGAAAGGGAAAGGAUGAACAGAAGAAGGGAAAAUCCAAGGAGGAACAGAAGAAGCGCAAGGAGAAGGCGGAAAAGAAAAGAAAGACGAAGAAAGAUAAGAAAGAGAAAGACACAAAAGAGGAGCAAGAACAGUCUGAUGAUGGAGCUGAGUUGAGAAAGGACGCCUUGAAAAAGGCCAAGAAGGCAAUUGACACUGCGGGGAAAAAAUCAAAGAUGCAAAGGUCGGACAAUCUCAAGGAAGCUGUUCGAAGCGACAUCAAAUCCUCAGUCAAUUUGCUGCAGGUGGGCAGAGAGUGUCUGCAAAAGGCCCUCGAUGCUGACCAGGAGACCGCGCAAAUCGAAUUCUUAACAACGGAGUUGAAUGGGAAAAUCGAAAAGUUUGAGGUGCCAGCAGUGAUGAAGCACAAGAAGAUCAAACAGUUCUCGAUUAGUUUGGUCGAGGCUGGGUUGUAUGGCGACCCCAAUGACAGCUUGAGUUUGAACUUGAGACGCGCUUUUCGGGACUUUGAGACUUGGAGAAAGGUUCACAAGUUGCAGUGCUCGCAGGCACCUUGGACCACUGGUUUGGUGACUAGGAGGUUGCAGCAACAGCGAGGCAAUCCGGGGCAGUUCAAGGCGGGACGCGAUGAGCACCAGAAAUAUGGAGAUAGCGCAGUGAAAGGAAUU